CACAGCAAUGGAACUGACUUCUCUUUGUAAUUUCUAAAUUUCUGAACCAAGGGAAAUGCAGAAAACAGCUUUCAAGUGAGCAGGGAAUUUUGGGGGGAGCUUGAGCUCAUGCCGGUGGCGGAGCGGCCCUGAAGGACCUCCCGGCCGGCAGGAAACGCCUCCGCGGCGGGCAGCGCUCGCACCGCCCCGGCGGGGGCGGGGGGGAGGAGAGCUCCGCGCGGAUUGGCUGCGGCGGGUCGCCCAGUAAAGCGAGGUUUCAUUGGUUGCGGCGGGUCACGUGAGGCGGAGGGUGCUGGCCGUUGACAAUAAACAUGGAGUCUAUCUUCCACGAGCGGUGACUUCCUUUCUUGGGCCUUUAAAAAUGGACCUCGGCUAUGGAAGAGUGCAGGCUAAAGCUGUUUCUCUUUCUUGAGAGGAGCAAGAAGGCUCACUGUGUGCUCAGCACUGUCUGAAUAAUUUGCUACAAGGGGAGUAUUUUAGUCCUGUUGAGUUAUCCUCUAUUGCACAGCAGCUGGAUGAGGAAGAAAGAAUGAGAAUGGCAGAGGGAGGAGUGUCUAGUGAAGAAUACAGAACAUUUUUACAGCAGCCUUCUGUAAAUAUGGAUGAUAGUGGAUUCUUCUCAAUUCAAGUUAUAAGCAAUGCCUUGAAAGUUUGGGGUUUAGAACUAAUCCUCUUCAACAGCCCAGAGUAUCAGAGGCUUGGGAUCGACCCUAUAAAUGAAAAAUCAUUUAUUUGUAAUUAUAAGGAACACUGGUUUACAGUUCGAAAGUUAGGAAAACAGUGGUUUAACUUGAACUCUCUCUUGAUGGGUCCAGAACUAAUAUCAGAUACAUAUCUUGCACUUUUCUUGGCUCAAUUACAACAGGAAGGUUAUUCCAUAUUCGUAGUAAAAGGUGACCUGCCAGACUGUGAGGCUGAUCAGCUAUUGCAGAUGAUUCGGGUACAGCAGAUGCAGCGACCAAAAUUAAUUGGAGAAGAGACAGCACAGUCAAGAGAACAGAGGCUGCCCAAAAGUGAUGUGGACCAAGCAAUAGAGGUUAACCAUCCUUUUGAUGGAACAGGCAUGUUAGAUGAAGAUGAGGAGAAUUUUCAAAGAGCCCUGGCUCUAAGUAGGCAGGAAAUUGAUAUGGAAGAUGAAGAAGCUGAUCUUCGUAGAGCCAUUCAACUCAGUAUGCAAGGGAGUCGUCGAAGUGAGUUCUUGGACUCGGUACCACAGAAUUUUCCACAGUCACCUCACACCAGUCAGUCAGACUCCCUUUCUUCAGAAGAACUGCGAAGGAGAAGACAAGCAUAUUUCGAAAAGCAGCAACAGCAGCUACGGCAGCAGGAUCAGACCCAAAGUCUACAUGAUAAGCCAACUAGAAGUUCAAGCACCCUGGAAGCUGACCCAGGAGGUGAUAUGAGUGAAGAAGACAUGCUUCAAGCAGCCAUGAAUAUGUCUCUGGAAACUGUUAGAAACCACUUGAAUACAGAAGAGAAGAAAUGACAUCACAACUUUUUUUCCUCUGUUGUCAAAACACUAAAACUCCAUUGUAAUUUUAAUGUGUGGAUGUUGCAAAGCAGGGUUCAUUUCAGAGCUGUGGAAGCAGGAAUGAAAAGGGGGCAAGAAGUCAGAGGCUUAGAGGGAAUCUGCAAAUACCAAGAAGAUUGCACUGUUCUAGAGAAUUAUAGCACUCCUACUACAGAACAUCUGUUCACAAGAGUAACUAUAUUAAAAUCAUUUGAACUAUUAACAUGAACAAAGUUAGAUACAUGUAAGAAGUUAGUAGCUGUAGCUUGCAUUUAAAAAGCAAGAUUAAAUUCUUUUGAAGAAGUCCACACAAUCUGUAAAUUAGGGGGAAAAAAAACUGCAUCAACUGAUUUUCUUCACUUACGCAAAAAAAUACAUACAAAUUAUAUAUUGUGCUUAUAAAUUACUCCUUUUUGGAUGAAAAAAAAAAACCACCCAUUUUACAUGGCGAAAAAGAGUUCUGUUUAUCUUAGGUAACUUUAUUUUGUGAUUUUUCUCAGGCACGACUUGAUAACGUUAAUUUUUUUGGUCCUGCUAUCCAGUUGUGAAAUGACCUAUUCGAUAAGAGAAACCUGACUCCCGAAACCUGAAUUUAGUGCUUGGCAAUUCAAGAGAAAAUUGUUGACUAUAAUGUUACUCCUAAAUCUUUUAAUGGCUUCUGACAUUCUAACAUUUCUUGUUUUUACUUUCAGUUCUAUCUAUGAAGUCUUUAGAUCCAUAAAGUAGGGUUCUGGCUUUCCCAUUUUGUGUUUGGGCAGAUAGCUCUCUUUAAAUGCCCUGUCUAGUUAUGCCAUUGUCUCUACCAGCAUAGUAAUAUGUAAUCAGUUGGGUUAACAGGUUUUUUGUUUGUUUGUUUUUUACCUCUUCUGGAGUCUUUCUUUAUUUUUUCCCCCUUUCUUUAAGCUCAGCCCUUCAUUCUGGCCUCUCAAUGUGAUAAAGUUGUAACUGAGUCUAGGAGAAAGGAGAAGUGGAAGAUUUAGGUGCCAUAAAAUCAGUGCCACACACAAGGUGCAUUCCUGCAGUCUGAAAUGAUCCCUGUGCAAGUAGCUCUUUUAAGACUGAAUAUUUAUGUCUGUGUGGAUGUUCUUUCUGAAAUGCUUUUUAUGAGUGUGUGUCGGAAUGUUGCAGCUUUUUCAGGAAUGGCCUUUAUUCAUGCACCUUACAAUUUUUUUUAUCAUGCUAUUUCUGAUCCUGAGGAAAAUUGGGGAACAAAGUAUGGGAGCUAGCUUAUUCUAUUGUAAGACAUUUACUCUGAUAUCCAGGAUGAAUGUGUACUAGGGUGACAAAACUUGAUUUUCAACUUUAGUGCAGCAAUUCAGAUGCAUUUAAUUUUCCUAUAUGGUGCUUGAAAUACAAAUUCUGUUUACAUAUAAGUUAUAUGGAAAUAUGUUGUGGAUCCAGUGUGCAAGCUGUACUCCAUUAACAGCACAGGCAUUCUAAGAAUAAUCUUUUGAAAAUAAGCCUAAAUUCCUUAUCAAAAUACUCUAAAGUUAUGUUGUUGCACAGUAGUAACAUUUAAUUAAAAUUAUUAUUAACUGCAGGGUAGUUGGAGGGAAACAUACAUUCAGCAUCUAGUAGUACUGUACAUGAAAGGGCUUUUACCUCUCAGUAAAGAUUUGUUUACAGCAAUGAUUUCUUGAUAGCUUAGAAUAUUAUUAUAAUAAAUGGGCUAAAUUCUGUUUUCCUGUGUGCUGCAUUUCCACUGAUGUCAGCAGAACCACUUGUAUGCGUAAGGCAAUAUAGAUUUUUGCCACGGGACAGCACUACUUUUCAAAAAUUGAUUUUAAAUUUUAUCACUCUUUUAAUGAUCCUGUUAUGCACAUAAUUAACUUCCUGUAAUGUAUCAUCUCAAAUAACAUAUCAAAAUAAUAAAGCCAAACCAUGGCUUAAAAAAAUUAUAUGUAGGCAUAUGCCGUUUUGAAAUGCUGCAUUUUUCAGGAUGUAGAUUUUUGCUUUCAGUUUGAAAUUUACAUGAAACUGAAUCUGUAAAGCACUGAAUUACCUUUUUGCUUGUCUGGAAAUUAUUCACAGCUUUAAUUUCCCUUCCUUUGUUGUGCCAUAAACUGAUUUUUGAAUUAAGAUUUUCCUUUCUAUAAAUAGGUAUAGGCUGGCAAAGCUUUUUAAGACUUACUUGAUAUCAGUACUUGGAACUUGGUACCUUAUCCUCUGUUAUAAGAAUAUCAUCAUCAAAAUUUAUCAUUUAUAUAGCUAUAUAGUAUAGCAUUCCUGUACUUAAAAACCACUAAGCCCAUCGAACUGCAUUAACUAUAACCCAGUGACAAUUACAUGUUUUCAUAAUCACUAAAGCAUGGAAUCUUACAUUUGAAUCUUCCUAUCAUUUUUCAAAUCACUUCAUCACCCAAGUGUUUUAAUAUGUAAGGAAUAUAAAGUAAGAGUGCCUGAAUCACAACCAUGUGAAUCAAUUACACGGCUAACCGUAUUCCUUUCUGUGCAGAAACUGUCAUUCUGCAAAUACCAAUUUGAUGUUUGGAGGAAUGUCAAGUUCACUCAAGUAGGUGAAACUGCUUAGUCAGUCAGUUCAGAGGUAAUGUUUUAAGCUAUGUACGUUAACUGCACCAAAGGAAAAGACUAAUAUUGUCUGUUGACAAUAUACAUUUUAUAACCGAGAUCUAAACUUCAAGAUGUGUGGACCUGCCAAGAAGCUGUCAAUAAAAAGCUGAUCUCA